CAGGGAUUUUGAAGAGCUGCACAACCACCGCAAAUUUGCACAUAGAGAAAAUUCCAUUAAAAAAAUGUCGGAAAGUGCGUUAUCAGCCAGCAAUGCAAAUGCCAAUGAGAAAAUGGCCAGUCUGCUAAAAGAGGCGGAAAAUUUGAAAACAAAACUCGAAGAGGAACGGCAAAAGCUGAACGAUGUUAACUUGUCAAACAUUGCGGAGCGGCUAGAGCAGAUCGCCUACGUAAACAUCAAGCCUCGCAAAGUUUUGAAAGGUCACCAGGCCAAGGUGCUUUGCACAGAUUGGAGUCCCGACAAACGCCACAUAAUCUCUUCAUCACAGGAUGGACGGCUGAUUAUCUGGGAUGCGUUUACCACUAACAAGGAACAUGCUGUUACCAUGCCCACUACUUGGAUCAUGGCCUGCGCCUAUGCUCCCUCCGGAAACUUUGUAGCUUGCGGCGGCUUGGACAAUAAAGUUACAGUUUACCCGAUAACCUCGGAUGAGGAGAUGGCCGCCAAGAAGCGCACAGUUGGCACACACACUAGCUACAUGUCGUGCUGCAUCUAUCCGAACUCAGAUCAGCAAAUCCUUACCGGCAGUGGCGACUCCACCUGUGCGCUAUGGGAUGUGGAAUCUGGCCAGCUGCUGCAAAGCUUCCACGGCCAUUCGGGCGAUGUCAUGGCCAUCGACUUGGCCCCCAACGAGACAGGCAACACUUUUGUGUCGGGCAGCUGCGAUCGCAUGGCUUUCAUCUGGGAUAUGCGCUCUGGACACGUAGUGCAGUCCUUCGAGGGUCACCAAUCGGAUGUCAACAGCGUGAAGUUUCAUCCAUGCGGCGAUGCUAUCGCUACUGGCUCCGACGACAGCAGCUGCCGCCUUUACGAUAUGCGCGCCGAUCGUGAAGUUGCCGUCUUCUCCAAAGAAAGCAUCAUCUUUGGCGUGAACUCUGUGGAUUUCUCGGUUAGCGGCCGUUUGCUUUUUGCUGGCUACAACGACUACACCGUUAAUCUAUGGGAUACGCUUAAGUCGGAGCGCGUUUGCCUACUAUAUGGGCAUGAAAAUAAGGUCUCUUGUGUACAGGUCUCGCCAGAUGGCACUGCGCUCUCCACCGGCAGCUGGGAUUACACCAUUCGCGUGUGGGCCUAAGCUGAUAAGAGCUAUGUUAUCCCAUAGGGUAUUCCCAAUCAGGUAUUCGCUUUAUUGCUUGUGUUUUAUUUUUAUUAGAUAAAAAAAACUUAAGCUAAUAGGCUACUGAAUGUGAAUACCCUAAUGGCUCAGUUUUUUGUUUUUUUUUCCUGUUACGGAACAUUGUAAGUACUCGUACACUAACUCACUGUUUUAUGUUGUUAAUUUAUGGUGUAGCUAUAUUAGCGUACAAUUAUGUAUGGAAUUACACAUAUGUAUACAUAUAUAUAUAUAUAUCUAUUAAUAUACAUUAUAAACAAUUCAUGUAUCUAAAUGAAUGUAUGUAUAUCGAAACAUGUUACGCGUCUAAUUCUAAGUUCCUGUUCAAGAAUAAAUGUUGAAAACAACGCCGUUUAUUUAUUUAGGCGA